AUGUUCCAUCGGCUCUGGAUCGGCAACAUUGACCCCAAAAUCACAGAGUACCACCUAGUGAAGCUCCUGGAGAAGUUUGGCAAAGUGAAGCAGUUUGACUUCCUGUUCCAUAAGUCAGGUCCCCUGGAGGGCCAGCCAAGAGGAUACUGCUUUGUCAACUUCCACACCAAAGAGGAGGCUGAACGGGCUAUUCAGUGUCUGAAUGGAAAAUUGGCACUUUCUAAGAAGUUAGUGGUGCGUUGGGCUCAUGCUCAGAAGUUUGAACCCUUCAGAGGAGACAAAAAUAUGCCGGCCAGUUUAGAGCCUUCAUCCAGUGAAGCCGAGGAGCUGCCAACCGCACUAGGUGUUAAUGCAAAGAUUCGUGCCAUCGAAGCCAAGCUGCAGAUGAUGGAAGAAAACCCAGAUGACUAUUCCGGCCCAUCUGCGUACAUCUACAACAAACCCUCCGAUAAAAGAGACAAGAGGUCCCAGCCCUACUACAAGCCGUUCCACAAAUUCAGGAGAUGACCUCUCCAACAACUGUCCAAGUGUCUCUGCACUGAAGGGACUGUGAGAUGUGUGGAGAUAAGCUAAGCUGCUCUUGUCUCUUGGCCAGUGAGAGACAAACAGUGAAAGUCCAACACCUUUGAUUUGUAGUGCUGUUCUGUCUCUCGGCCAGUGAAGGAGUCGUUUUACUGUGAAAGACAGCUGAUGUAAGCAGAAUCUAACCACAAAAUUCUAGUGAAUUCAUUUUUCCUUUUUUGAACAUUGAUGUUACCCAAGUAAUUUCAGUUCUUCGGGGGUUUAAAGGGAUAGUUCAGUUGAAAGAUGACAAUUCUGUCAUCAUUUACUCCCCUUUGUUGUUCCAAACCAGUAAGAGGAUUUUGAUAAACGUCUUUUUUGGGUCAAGUCAAUGUUGUUUGAACCCUAAAGUAUAUUCUUUUGUGCUCCACAGAAGAAACAACAGUUGUACAGGUUUGGAAAAUCAUGGAGGCACAUAAAUCAUGAUCGAAAUUUCACUAUCCUUUCAUGAGUUUUGCAUCUUUUCAAAAUCUCAGUUUACAUCCCUUUCUUGAAAUCCUUCCAGAAUAUAUCUCGCGUUGUUUUUUUAUUGUAAACUGCCCAGUGUGCUGCUUGCGAAAGUGUUGUUGUGUGUUGCGAGUCUCAUGAUCCUAAAUCUACAUACUACUCAGACUUUACCAUUCUUUGUUACACUGUUGUAUGUGUAACGGAAGCACAAUAUUAUGCAUUGUUUAUUUAACUAUUAAUAUCUUGAAUUUUUAAGUCUAAAGUGAAAAGGGCUUUUAUCACAUGAUCUGCAGAGGGGGCAUCACAACAGCAGAUGUCAUCAACAGUUUAGAUCAAGUGUAAAUAUCCAGGUAUUUUGAUAGAUUUUGCUCCUGUCGUGUUCAAAAAUAAAUGAAACGGUCCUCCUAGGUG